CAUUGCGAAAGUGACCUGAUCAGGCUUGUCGAGAGGGAUCGAGAGGGAGAGGGCAGCAAAGGCGAGCGAGCCUGGCUUUGGCGUGUCUCCCUCCCUCUCCCUCCCUCCCUCCUCUCUCUGAGCCCUUUGCAGCUGCCCAAGGCGCAAGGAGAAAAGCAAGCGAUGGGGACUCGGCGCAUCGGAGGGAGGUGAAGGCGAGGGAGGGGAAGGGGAGGGAAGGGGGAGGAGGAGGAGGAGGGAAGGGAGAGAGAGAGGCAACACAUGCCCAACACAAUCAGGGAUGGGACCCACGUCUGCAGCUGCACCUGGACCUGCUGCUCGCCGGGAAGAAACAACCAGCAAGAAAAGAAGACAUUGAAAAGGAACGUGGAGAAAGAAAGGGGGGAGAACUCGCCAGCAUCCUUACUCCUCAUUGAAGAAGAAGUCGUCGCUUGGCCAGCAGAGGAGGAGGCAGAGCAAGGGCCAGUGGCAGGAUUUUCGGGAGAAGAGGGGGAAAAGUGGAUUUAAAAAAGAAACCGAAAUACGCAGGAUUGUGCUGGAAGCCGAGCCGGGAGGAUUGCGUGUGUGGGUCUGCGCCCAUGGAGUUACUUUGUCUCGGCUCCUGAGGGGAAAAGAGGGGGGAUGCUGCGCCCCGUGGCCGCCCAGGGAGCCCGCCCUCGCCGACGCCCCUUCGCCUAACGCGGCCCCGGAGGACGACGCCCGCCCGCCCGCCCGCCCGGCCAAGAUGGAAGAGAAACGGCGAAAGUACUCGAUCAGCAGUGAUAACUCAGACACCACUGACAGUCAAACAACAUCAGCUUCAAGAUGCUCCAGGAUUCCAAAUUCAAAAUCUGGCUGGUCAAGACAGAAGGAGAAGAAGCCCUCAGAGGUUUUUCGAACCGAUCUAAUAACAGCUAUGAAGAUUCCAGAUUCAUACCAGCUGAGCCCAGAUGAGUACUACAUUCUUGCUGAUCCCUGGAGGCAAGAGUGGGAGAAAGGUGUUCAGGUGCCAGCAAAUAUAGAAGCAGUCCCAGAACCAAUUGUCAGGAUAAUUCCUCUGCUAGAACCUUCUUCACCACAGACCUCACCAAGCAACCUGUCCAGCUCUGAUAGUUUAGAUGUCACCAGAACGUUCUCCCAAAGAAAAAGUCGCUAUGAUUUGGAUGAAAUCGAUGCUUGCUGGCUGGAACUUUUCAACAUGGAACUCAAGGAAAUGGAAAAACCAGAAAUGGAUGAAUUCACCUUGGAAAGAGUGCUGGAAGAACUGGAGACACUGUGCUACGAGAAUAUGAACAUUGCCAUUGAAACAGAGGAAGGCCUUGGCAUAGAGUAUGACGAGGAUGUUGUGUGUGAUGUGUGUCGCUCACCAGAAGGAGAGGAUGGCAAUGAGAUGGUUUUCUGUGACAAAUGCAAUGUCUGUGUGCAUCAGGCUUGCUAUGGAAUCCUGAAGGUUCCCCUUGGAAACUGGCUUUGCCGAACCUGCGCCCUAGGAGUCCAGCCAAAGUGUUUACUCUGCCCAAGGAGAGGGGGAGCUCUAAAACCCACCCGAAGUGGGACUAAAUGGGUCCACGUUAGCUGUGCCUUAUGGAUACCUGAAGUUAGCAUUGGAUGUCCUGAAAAAAUGGAACCCAUUACAAAGAUUUCACAUAUCCCAGCAAGCAGAUGGGCUUUGUCUUGCAGUCUUUGCAAGGAAUGUACUGGAACAUGUAUUCAGUGCUCCAUGCCUUCGUGCAUCACAGCAUUCCACGUCACAUGCGCCUUUGAACACAAUCUGGACAUGCGGACACUAUUAGCAGAGAAUGAUGAAGUGAAGUUCAAGUCCUUCUGCCUGGAGCACAGCAGCGGUGCCACCAAGCCACCAGAUGACGCACGGAUGGAAGGAGACCAAAGCAAGCUAGAAAUGGAAAAGAUGACACUGAGGAAGCAGAAGCUCCAGCAGCUGGAGGAAGAUUUCUAUGACCUUGUGAAGCCCUCUGAGGUGGCCGAGAACCUUGACCUUACUGAGUGGCUGGUUGAUUUUGUCUAUCAGUACUGGAAGAUGAAGAGGAAAGCCAAUUGUAACAAGCCCCUGAUGACACUCAAAACCGAUGAAGUGGACAACUUAGCUCAGCAAGAACAGGAUGUGCUGUACCGGCGCUUGAAGCUCUUCACACACCUCAGGCAGGAUCUUGAGAGGGUUAGAAAUCUUUGUUACAUGGUAACACGGCGAGAGAAAAUGAAGCACUCCAUUUGCAAACUCCAGGAACAGAUCUUCCACCUCCAGAUGAAACUCAUUGAGAAGGACCUUUACCCAGAGCAAGCUGGGAAGAGAACAAAGGGAAGGCGAAGUGACCCAAAAAGGAAAGGAAGAGAUGAUAGGAAAAGCAGUCCUGAGAAGAAAGAAAAAAGGAAAUCAGGAAAUGAGUUGGUACUAGGACAGCUGGGUUUGUCAUCUUCUUUUCCUAUUGAUGGGACCUUCUUCAACAGUUGGCUGGCUCAAUCUGUGCAGAUCACCACAGAGAACAUGGCAAGGAGUGAGUGGUCCUUGAACAAUGGCCAUCAUGAAGACACCACUCCUGGCCUUUCUGAGGAGCUUUUACAGGAUGAAGAGACUCUGUUAAGUUUUAUGAUGGAUCAUUCCUUGAAGGCUCCACUGAAGCAGAGUGACACAACUAAGAAAGGUAGAAGCAAAAUGCGAACACACAGUAGGAAAAAAUCUACAAGAAAUGGCUUGAAUACCAUCUGUAAGAGACAUCAAGAAGAUGAUUCAGCUCAGUGGACUAGUGUAAAUCAUUCGCCAGAAAACACAACAAAAUCCCAUGAUUUCAGAAACAACAAAGCUGAGAAAAGUGUGGACAGACUUCAGCAAGAGCGUAGAACGAUGUGUGAAGUAAAAAAGAUAGCUAAGAAGAGCUCUUCACAUCCACCAUCUCCUCUUCCAAAAGGAGAUGAUUCUCAAGCAUCAUCCCAGAGCAUCAUGAGUAAAAUAAGUGAUGAUGAGGAACCAGUGAGAUACGUUCCUUCUGAUCCCAACACCCUGCUUAAAGUGCCUGAUUCAGUGGGUAGUCUGAAAACAGUGGUGAGGUUCAAAUUACCAAAAGAGGGCAGAGGGACUCGGCGAGCACAGAGUGAGAAGCCCGAGGUGGUUAAUGGACCUUCUGGAAGUGACAGAUCAAGAGUUUUCUUACACCGGUUUGACAAUGAAACUGAUGGCUACUUCUCAGAUGCGGAAAUGAGUGACUCUGACUCUGAAUCAGGCAGUGGCAGAGGGCAUCAUAGCCAGUUAGAUUCAGGAAAUGAGGAUAAUUUCCGAAUGAGUAUCUUGGCAUCCUAAUGCACCACAUAGACCAAAUGUGAACGAGAGCUCUGUGAGGCCUAAAUCCAGUUAUAACUGCCAUGUCCAAUUUCCGCCUGGUAUCAUAACAGAGGGUUUCAGUUUUGGGUUUUUUUGUUUGGAGUUUUUUUUUUUUUAAUUUGUAUAUAUAGUUCAGAAAUGAGCACUGUUGUUUUUCCUCCUCUCUGUAUGCCUGAGAAACAGCUCCAAGCUUCACCGACCUAGAUGUGUAUACUGUAACAGUAGCUGGCCCUUCUUAAUCAAAUCCUACAUAUCCUGGUUAACAAAAUGCAAGCAUGUGCAUUAUUAGGGACCUUAGGCUUGCUGGUAGUCAGCGGGACGUCCUACAAUUUUAAUGAGGAGGCCUGAUAUUCCCAGUACCUGUUGUUCAUGCAGGGAACAACAGUUUUAUGGGCAUUAUUUAAAUCAAGCGAAUAGAUUCUGUGGUCUGCCUGGUGUUACUGCCACUGUUUGGUGGCGUGGAGAAUGGGAGUACUGCUACGGUAGCCAAUAAUAUACACAGAUCUUAAUGAGAAAGUAAAUAUAUAUGUUUGUGUGUGCAUGUAUGUCUGUGUGUGUGCAACUAUGAAGUAAAAUAAGCAACUAUUUUUUAAAGAAGCACAACAAGCUUAUUUGAAGAAAGCACUUAAUGGGUGGAGAAAUACAAUAGUGUAUUUGUGGUCUACUAAAUCCUUGAUUUUCUUUCUUACCUCUCCGGUUUAAUCCAAGUCCGUCCAAGCGGCCGAGAAGCAAGAUUUAGCCCUGUCACUCCAGCUAUCAGCUGAGCAGCCCUAUAAAUAUUCAUCUAAGGCUCUCAGUAGAUAGAAGAAAUCACAUAUCUCUGUUAAAGCUGCUCUGCUUUCUAAUCAGUAUCUCCCCUGAGUAACUGGGGGUAUUACUUACUGUUGAAACCUAAAGUUUUGGCUACCUGAAGCAGUUUUUGCAAUUUCCUCAGGUUGAUUACAGUAGCCUUGUACCAAAACACUUGGUCCCACAUAGAGAACAGAGGAGGAAGAAGGAAAUUAUUCAAAAUUGUGUUUUUCAAACGGUAAUAAUAAUCCAAUAGCUUCAGUUCCUCUCCUUGUUAAGGAGGUCAGGUUUUUACUUUCAGCAUAAAGAGGCAAAGUAUGGCUCAGCUGGAGCUAAACAUAUAUGCUUCCUGUAUAUGGAAGGGAUCGUUCAGUUGUAGACAUACCAUUGAGACAUAAUUGAGGAAUUUAUCUCUUUCCAUUUGUUUCCUAGAGUCUAUAACUAAAUUGAUGGCUUCUUUCCUUUCUAUACUUCCAAGUGAAAUCUUGAAAGCAAGCUGCUGCCCCAUCAUAGGAUGGUGAUUUAAGGGAGUGGGCAUCUGAAAUUUUCAAUAGUGUUGUCCAUCAGUUGUCUCUAAUAAGCCUUAAGUGUUAUUCAAAAACUCAUCAUGUUACCUGUGAGUCAUGCAGAUUUCCAUGUUUGCACUCAGUGAUACCAUUACUCCCAAUUUUGACUUCAAAGGUCACAGUUAAAAGUUUUCUACAUGCUUUAUGGGAGUGACCCCAGUGUGAGCUCAGGGAACACAAACAAAAAGGAAAGUGAAGUUCACUAAAACCUUUUGUUGUUGGUAUGUUACUUUAAAUAUGUGUGUGUGUAUGUGUGUGUACGUAUAUAUACACUGGGACACUUCCGCUUGUUAACCCAUCUCUUUUUAAACUGGGGGAGACGAAGACUUUGCAGUUGUUCAGAUGAAUCAGUGAAAUUAUUUUAUGGAUGCCAAAGAAUAUUUUGAGAAUAAAAUAGCACAGCCAGAAACUUGUUAUUUGAAAACAAACAAAAAGAAUGAAAGCUGUUCAGCUACAAAAGGACUCAAUCCGUGCUCAUGACACAGCUAAGGCAUUCGGUUGCAAGCUUGCUGAAGACGAUGCUUUCAUUGUUUGGAUCAUCUCCCACUGUUUGAUUUCUGUUGUUCUUUGCUCAUUCUAGUCUGGGCAGUUUUGGUUUUAUUUUCUCUGAUGCCAUACAUUAGCUGUUCUUGGAGGGUUGGUUUUUGUUUUUUUUUUAAGAGAGAUGGAGAAAGAAGUCAUUUUCAAGCCUUCCAACAUGCUCAAUAUCCCUCCAGUUGAGUUACAAUUUGAAGAAUCUUUAAUUGGAAAAGAAACCAAAGGCAAGAGCCAAACAAACACCAGUGUUUUGCUGAUUUCAAAUGGUUUUUCAGAAGCACUGGUGAAAUGGAACAUAAUUUGACCUUAGCCUGUGUUUCGGCAAGUAAAUUUUGCUCCUUAACCAAGGCUUGAUAUGUUCAGAUAAUGUUAAAUACAGUAAAUAGGACUUAGUUUUAUCUUAUCAAGCUUGCUAGGCUUUAGCUACAAUAUCCUAGUUACGUCAUACAAAUAAUCAAUAUGCUGCCUUUUAAUGGAUCUUGCUUCCGUGUGCUUCAGUUCAACUAUAGCUAUGAAAAAAGCAAAAAAAAAAAAUCCAGAAAUCUCACUGUACACAGUUUCAUUAAUCAGCUACUGCAUUACUUGCCUGCUCAUUCAGUACAGGACAUCUAAAGGGACAACCUUUAAAGAGCAACCAAACUUAAGCAGCACCUGUUUUCUGCAUUUGGAUUCUGUAUAGAACUGUGAGAUACUCCAUUGUUACUGUGAAUGAGAAGUAACUGUGAACCAAAAACCAAAAAAAGAAAAGAACAUAAGAAGACAAAUUACUUCACCUUGCACUAGGAUCUGCAGUGCAUUGACAGCAUUCUCUGUACAAAAUGUUCUUUAUACACCAUGGGAUUAUAUAUCUGGACUUUUCCUCAGAAUUAGAGAGAAUAGGAUAGGCUCUGCUUGCGUGGAAUUCCAUAAAGCUCAAUGAAGGUCUGGGUCAUAAUUCCUUGCUAUAUAAUACCAAUGUUGUCGCUAUCAUGAUUUUGCAAUUUAGCAAUAAAGGGGGAAACAUUUGGCUUUGUUGUGCAGAAGAAAAAAUGGACAAAAAGAGAAAACGCAAUUAUCUUGGAAUUGCUAGAAUUUCAACUGUUCCUAAGAAGAUUGGAUACACAACUGAUUGUAUCCAGUGGUGACCUUCUGUUUUCAGAAGUGGCUUCAGCGGAGAGACAAAGGAAAAUGCUUUUCACUGUCUGCCUUCUGUAUUGUAGUUUGUUGGAGGUUGUAGUAGAUGAAGCCAUGAUUUCUUGAAGCCCUUGAAUCCAUGUCCCUUGUAGGAGCAAAAGGGCACCACUGGGUCCAGUUCUGUGUCAGAAGGGUACACAGUAGGGUACAUGCACCUUCUCCCUUGUUGCUUUGGUGAAAUAUGUACGUUUGUAUGUAACUGCUGAGAAAUGUUUGGGUUUAUUGUUUUUUAAUGCAUUUGGACUGUCAGUAAUGAGCUCAAGUGAGUGCCUUGGAUGUAGUUGCAGUCUGGAAUUGUCAAGGUUGCCAUGCACAGAGUCUUCACUUCUGUAAAUGUAGCACAGAGGUGGCGUAGUUGAGCCAUCCCUCCAAAGUGGUCCAGGUGGUGGUUACCAUGGACUUACGGGAGUAUUGGCUUAUCCAACUGAUUGCAUGAGGAAGCUGCUUGUGGCCCAAAGUUUUGCCUAGGAAAAGGAACCGUUUUCUCACUGAAGAUCCAGGUCUGCCGUAUUUUAAAUAACAUCCAGUACUCAUUCAUUGACAUGUUUUUCUACUAGUGUCUCUAGGAUCCUGGAUGUUUCGUUCUAUUCAGUUGAUGUAUUAGUCAAAGUUGUUUUAAGAGCUCUAGCCUACUUUUGGUAUUUAGCGUCUGCAUUGUUCUUGCAGAAACAACAACAAAGAAUAAAUAUUUUUUGCAUUGUAAAUGUAUUUUGAGAUGAACAGAAAGGGGCAGGGAAAGCAUAAAUGAUCUAUUUUAUUAAAUAAAAGACUUUAGGGUGAUGUCUGACCUUCAAGCAUUGACAUUUGCACUGUAUAGGAUGAAUCCCAUUUGUUCUGGGAUAGCAGCACCAUGUUUCUGUAUUAACAUGUCAAGACAGGACUCAGUUUUGGUUCAUCUGCGAGAAUCAAACUUUGUUUUAGAAACUUCAAAGUUGAAUGGAAUUUCCUGAAGAAAAUUUGGAUUUCUUUUCACGUUCACUUUCCACCCUUCUUUGAUUUUCUGGUACCACUGCCUUGUCGCAGAUUUUUGACAAUGUUGUAGAUUGUUAGAUUUUUUAAUUUUAAAGAAGUUAAGGAAAUGAAUCUUUGGCCAGUGCUUUUCCUCAAUGUUCAAUGGAGAAUUAGCCAUUUCUGCUGAAGGAAAAGGGGAAGCAUUGAAUCCUACUGGUUCUUCCCCUUGGCUGCUCAAAAUCCAAUCUUUCCAUUUCCUCUUGGCAGAUAUGUGUGUUGAUUUGGUUGUUCUUUAAGGAAACUCUUGUAUACUUUGCUCCAUUCCACACAGACACAAAACAGGCUCACUCCGUAUCACUUACAGCAAACGAUAUGAAUGUCACAGAAGGUGUAAAACCCUUCUGUUUUCUUUGUUUCAAAGAAAGUGAUGUGCCAUUUGUUAAUAUAAAAGAGAAAUAUUGAAAAAAUAUAUUGAAAAGAGCAAUUUUAAAUUAUUUUUGGCUUAUGUUGCGAUAUUUAUUUUCUUGUAUUAGAAAUUCCUUUGUAGAGAAAAAAUGUAUUUUUCAUUAAUGCGAAAACCUAUUUCUCCUUUUUGUACAUUUUCCAUGUUAGUUAAUCUUUAAAGCAAUAUAAUGUAUCAGAGUUGUUCUGUGUGAAAGCUGUAUUAUGCAUGCUGUUUGUGUUGCCUUGGAAUAGGUCCGUUUGCCAUAAUUUUCAUCAUGUUUCGAUUCAGUGUGUGCUUUAAUACACAUUGGGACCAUGGCCCAUUUGCUUAUGAAAAAAGGAAUACCUUUGCAUUCUUCAGUGUGUUGGCAAAUGCAGUCAAUAAAGCCGUGUUUUCUGUGUA